GAAUUCUUUUUUUAGAAUCUUCAGCUAACACUUACUAAUUUUAUGGUAGGAAAGCUAUGUCAUUUCGCUACGCGUUACAUACAGGAUGAGGCUUUUAGCGUAGGCGCCUGUUCUCUAUGUGCUUCGCACCUGAGCCUUCAGCAAGUGAACGGUUCUGAUACGAUUUCACAAAAGAGCGGUUUUGCCCAUCUUUACUUUCGUCACGUGACUAUGAGCCAUUUUACCAGCUUUUUUAAAUUUUUCUUGGAGAACUUAAGUUCUCCGCCAUGGCAUCCUUCCUUUUUAGUUAGACAAUCGUAAUGAGUUUGGCUAUAUUGCAAUCAGUUCCAAUUCUUUCUGCUCUGAAAAUCCAUAUAGUUAGUUCAUAUAUUAUGUUCCGCAUGAGAAAUGCGUCCCUAUAAUUGUGGCGUAGCAAUGCAGUUCUGAAAAAAUGAAACUUCCUUACAAGUCUGGCAUAGAAUAGUUAUUUGCAACAGAGGUACCAUUUGUCAGUAAUUUUAUUACCGCAUGCCAUCGUGGUGUAAUUAGAAGCACAUCUAACUAGCAACUGGAAGAUCAGGAACGUAGGUAAUUAGAAAGUACGCCCAGCUGGUUGUCGGAAGAUUCGGAAUUUGAGUCCCGGUGAGUACAUUGUGCAUUUUUCACGUUUCUUACUCUGAUAUUAUUUAUCAGAGCUAAUGACUUUCUAGCAUUACUUCGGAAAAUCGUUUAUGUAUAUGUCAAACUAUUUUAUCCAAGGAUAAAGUAUUUAUCUUAAAUUCGGCGUUUUAUCUUUUGACCUGGAAAAUCAUGUCACAAAAGUCAUUGAAGGCUACUUUGACUGAAAACAAAAAACCAUCGGUAAUAAAUAAGGCAUGUGUGUUUAUAACAUUAUUUUGCAUAGAGAAAGAACGGCUAAUAUAUGAAAAGUCAUGAGAUUGAAUUCUUCAAUAAAGAUUUCUUAGAAUUUGUAUCAGUUCAAUGUUAUUAUGCUCAUUCGGGAAAACAUGCGAUUAGAAAUUCGCAGAUUUGAUUUUACUGUGAAGUUAUAAAAAACGAAAUUUAUUGGGAAAGUUGCUGAAAUUGUUUAUCAAGAACAUUUAAAAGUUUCUAAUGAAAUAAAAUGGUGCUCAAAGCAUUUUAUUUAAUGGCAAAAUUCAAAACAGAAAAAGGCUUGAGAGACCUUUCACUGAUGCCCUGUGAAAUACAACACAAUAUUUUCUAAAAUAAUUAAAAUAAUCCCAGAUUAAGUGAUGUAAGAGCAAAAAGGAAAAAAUAAGACAUCAGAAAAGACGCGCGCGCGCACACACACACACACACACACACACACACACCACAAAAAAAAAAAAAAAAAAAAAAAUCAAAUUUCUUUCUCAAAAUUUAUCAAAAAUGUGAAUUCUGAAUAUUGGAGUAAGGCAAUAUUUGAUCAGAAAAGCUCAUCUUAAUGUCUUUUGACAAGUUUAUAGCCUGAAGGAAAGCCGAAUAUGAAUUUCGAAAAGUGAAGUUAGUUGUAGCAACAAAAAAUGUGAAGGAUUUGUGAUAUAGAGAGCGAAACGUCGCUUUUUUAAACCAGUAUUUAAAAAAAAAAAAAGAAAAAAGAAAAAAGAAAAAAAAAUGUAAAUGGAAUUUGAAAUCAUUAUCACAAAAUAUUAACCACCAAAUAAUUCCAAAUUCCAUUUUAUAACGGUCUUGAGCAUACAUUGCUAUGAAUCUGUUUCAUAUUCUUGAAAUAUUCAAAAUGCCUUUCCGGUAACUAAAUUAAUACCUUAUCGGACAUAUUUGGCGAGAAAGUGAAUACAAAACAACUCAUGAAAAUUAGCUAGAAAUAAUAAAAAGUGCUAUCUAAAUGCAUGCCAAAAAAGAUUAAACCGCCUGUUUAAAACUAAUAAUAAUCCAACAAAAUAUUAUAAGAAUUUUAAGAAAUUUCUUUGAAAAUUUUUAUUUGAUUGACUAAUUGAUUAUCCUAUUUCCUUUUGCGAGAGAAUUUUCCCGCCUAAAAGAGAAAAACAUUAAUUCAUAUCAAUAUCUUAGUUUUGGAAAAAAAAAAAGAAAAAAAAAAAAAAGAUUAUUGAGUGUUUAACUGAAUAAUAAAUUAAUGAAUACGAUUCAACAGAACCUGUAUCAUUUAAAUAGAACUAAUUAAGUCUUAAUUAUAUAUAAACGAAAAGUUUUCAAAUUGUUUUUUAGUAAGGCUAUAUGUCUUUUUUAAGCAAGCAUUAUAGUUCUUGAAAUCUUAAAAUAUCAAAAUAUCGUACUUCAACGAGAUAAACACUUUUGUCACACUGAAAAUAAUGGAAAGAAUGAACUUGUAUAAAAUGCUUAAAAAUUUUUUACAAAAGAAAUUUAAUCAUCGUUUAUAGCUAGGAAAAAUUUAGGAUUACAUGUAAAGAAUUUAACCUGUAGGGAAAAAAGAAAUCUGUUGAUUAGUAUAAUUCUAUUCAGUGCUGUUCCUAGCGGGAGUGCAGCGCGUAAAAGUACGCGGGCGACCAAAGUCAGAGGCGGCCGUACUUUUCGUAUACCACGUCUAAAUAUUUUAAAUUCCUUAAAUUCAUUGUAAGUAUUUGUCGUAUGUAAGCACUUUUUAUAUAAUUUGUCGUAUGUAAGUACUUAGUGAGUAUAGAAUAAAAAUUUUAGUAAUCAUUGAGCAUUUUUUUUUUUUUUUUUCCCAAUUUGGGGACGUCAAUCUUAGGAAAGUAAGCGGGCAGCCAAUGGCCUAGGAAUGGCACUUAUUGGAUUCUAUAUAAAUUCAACUAAUAUGCAUAAUUUUUAAUACUGCAUAUUAAGCAUCGAUUGAGUUAUAUACUCCAGAAUAUUUAGAAGCACAUAAAAUUUCCUCCAAAAAGUAUGGCUUAUUCUCUCAGUAUCAGAAUUAUAAUAGAAAAAUAACAUUUAACUUGGUAUUUAUUUUAUUGUAAUUUAUUUUAUAGCAAUUCAAAAUUUAAAAACAUGGAUAGCCCUUGUGGAAUUCUCCUUCUUCCCAAAAAAGGUGUUCUUAGUAUGAAGAAUAAACAUUAAAAUUGCAGUAGUAAAUAAUAAGUACAUUAAAAAGCGCAGCCUCAGAAGCAAAUUGUACCUUUCCGGCGGGAAAGGGGAUUGUUUGGCGAAAUAGUCUGCAUUCUGUAAGCCGCCACUGAUCUGGCAGCCAUAGAACAUCCUCACAGAUCCUCCUUCGCAUGUCGGCGAUUCCUGAAGGGGUGAAGGUAUCUUGGAGCUCUUUAGAAAUGUUCUCUCAGCAUCCUUUCCUGCGAGUUAGAGAUUACAUAGUUAUUCAUUGUGUUACGUGAGCGUAUGUGAAGUGUGUUCUAAAUGUAUUGUUCAGCGAAAUGUGUAUCAUCUGCCUUUUUCCUUGAAUGAAAUUGUCACAAAAUGGAUCAUAAGUUUCAUUUUCGGGGAAAAUGAAAAAUCUUCAGCUGUGUUAGAGAAAGGCUUAACGGUUUAUAUAGGUCAAGUUCAACUUUGCUUACUCACCUCCCGGUGCAGCCUGGACCUUGCAUUUCUGAUGUUCCGAAAGUAAAUAAAUUCUCAGCUCUUUGGAAUUACACUUGUGUGAAACUACCAUAUAUUAUCUUAUGACUAUGAAAGUACCUAGUUGAAGAAUUGCAUAGGAAAUUAUCCUUAUAUCAGAAGGAAAACCAAAAAACAAAAUGGGGUUUUGGAACCAGUUAUAUCUUUUGUUGUGGAAAAAUUUUACUCUUCACAAGAGACAAAAGGUCCGACUCAUAGUUGAAGUGUUGUGGCCUUUAUCUCUUUUUCUCAUUCUAAUGUGGGUUAGAAGUAAAGGCUUAAAAUUUGCAGCUCAUCAAUGCUACUUUGAUGAGAAGGCCAUGCCCUCAGCUGGCAUGGUACCUUUCCUACAGAAUUCCAUUUGUACAUUCAACAACACAUGUUAUCCUACAGCUAAUAAUGAAGAUGCUAGAGAUAGGCUAAUAGGAUUGAAUUCUACUCUACUCUUAAAUUUUUUUCAAGAAUUUGAAGAAAUAUUGAGUAGGCAUAUAAAUAAAAAAAUUAGAGAAAAAUUUGACCAAGUAUUACUAGACUUUGAAACAAUAAAUGAUGUUAUAAAAAAAUUAACAGAUCCUGAAGUUCCUAUACAUGGUGUUUUAAGUAUGGAUAGCUUAAUAAAAGACAAACACGAAUUCAAAGAAGCCAUUCGAUCACAGAAAGUAAAAAUUUCAAAAAAAGCAUUGAGUGCUUUACUGUCUUCAGGAAUUCGAUUCCAGGGAAUACAAAAGAUAUUCGACCGUGGUCGGACAGACAUCGUGCAGUACCUUUGUUCGUCUGGUGGCCUUGAACAGCUUUUAGAUGUUUCACUUUCUAAGCGAGAUUUAUUAUUUAAAGAACUCUGUAAUUUGAAUGCCAGAAGAGCACGGAAAUUUACUUUAGAAUUAGCUAAGCAUUUAAAUUAUGUCGAAUUCUUGAGUCAAUUUUCAAAUGUUAGUGCCAAUAAUACAGGUAGAUACUUGCAUUUAAAUGAAUGGGAGCAUAUCAUGAGUUCUACUGGAGGUAUCUUAGAUGAGCUAAAAAAUAUGAAUAACCUGUACUACAUUAUUGUAAAUUUUAAUACGACAUUUCAAAGACUGCUGAGUGUGUUUGAUUCUAAUGACGAAAAUAAAACAUCUCACCUGAUCCAGCUGUUUACCUGUGGUCGAAACAUGUCCAGUCUGUUUGACCAGGACCGUGGGCCAGCUCGACACUUUGAAGAACUGCGGCAGCAGAUGAAGAACGAACGAGAAAUAUUUGUUAAAAAUGAUGACUUUGAAUAUGUCUACGAUAACACAACAACCCCAAAGUGUAAUAAUUUAUUUCGGACACUGGAGCAAAACCAGCUGACAAGAAUGUUGUGGAAUCAAAUGAAACCUUUCGUCAGAGGGAAAAUAAUUUAUUCACCAAACAGCAGAGCUGCUACAGAGAUUAUGACCACAGUGAAUAAGACUUUUUCUCCUCUUGUGGAAGCUGUAGAGCUUAGUAAUAAUUGGCUGGAAAACUGGUCAGCAGAAGUGUCCCAUGCCUUGUUGAACAGCUCUCAGUAUUUGUCCAUUAUUGAAGAAUUCUUAAAGCCUGAAAACACACUCUUUCAAGAAAUUUUAGAAGAAUUACUCACUAACAUCACCUUGACAGAGAAUGGAAAUGAAACCUUAUUCUCUAUGCUAGAAGCUGCAAAUGACGUUGUUAGAAUUCUUUUGUCCAACUCCAGUGGAUGGUUAGAAAAAAUUAAUCUAGUCGUGACAGAAGUCCGAGAUUACUUGCAAUGCUUUGAAAUGAACCGUUUUGUUGCAUAUGAAAAUGAAAAUGAAAUUGAAAAAUAUGGCAUGGAACUUAUUAAAGAUAACAAACUAUGGGCUGGUGUAGUUUUUACAAAUUUGGAAAAUCGUGACCAAUUGCCUCAUUACAUUCAGUACAAAAUUCGAAUGGCUGCGAGUAAAGUUGACAGUACAAAAAGAGUUGAAGAUAGGCAAGUAUUUCUCAAGCAAAAUUUCUUUUUCUUUUUUUCAUUAUUCUUUCUUUUUUGGGGGGAGGGGGAUUCUUAUUGGGUAGACAUCAAAAAGAAGCUUCAAGGAAAAGAAUUUGGCUCAAAUGAAGAGGUGAUCGUCGAAG